GAAACAGCAAAUCAUGGCGCAGAGAAAAUCUCGUUCAUCAAAAGAUCCUUUCAUCAAUUUUCUAUUAUUAACGAAGCCUAUAUGCAUCGCACAUAAAUGCAUAGUCACUAUUCAAUUCUUACAAUUAUCGUAGCAAUAGAUCAAAAGCUCGAGAGGGAGAUAUCAUAUCAUAUAUUAUUACCAUGUUGUCAUAUAUAUGCCUCCACUAUUCUUAAUUUUAUGACAAAAAUAGUUAAUAACAAUUUUUAUGAUAUUAGGGAUUUUGAAAGGAGCAAGCCCACAUUGAAUGCCACGCGGUUUUGUGUGGAGAGAGCAGAGACUUUUCCUUUGCCGCACAGCUGACUUUGGAGGCUUUACCUCCACUUUUGUAGUUAAUGCUUACAUUUUUUUUUAAAUACUCAAUUUUGAGACAACCAAUGAUACAAGACCAAGAGGGGUCAGCAGUUUUCUCUUUCUCUUUUUAUAUAUAAAUAGAAGAAGGUGGACGUAGACCUUUGUCGCCAAGCUUAACCAUUAGAUCUAUCCAAACUAAGAGUUCUGUACUUCUAUUAGUGAGCUUAAGGGUACUGUGAGACUCAUCAAAAACUAAAGGUGUCUCCAUUUUCUUCUAUUUUCUUGGCAAAGAGUUGUAGUGGAAAAAUCAAGUGAGGCAAAAAAGAGUGAUUAAUUAACUAAUUAAUUAAUUGAUUGGUUAAGAGAGAGAUCAAGAUAAUGGUGAGACCCCCUUGUUGUGACAAAGGAGGAGUGAAGAAAGGGCCAUGGACUCCUGAAGAAGAUAUCGUUUUAGUUACUUACAUCCAAGAACAUGGUCCUGGCAAUUGGAGAGCUGUUCCCACCAAUACUGGGUUGCUUAGAUGCAGCAAGAGUUGUAGGCUUAGAUGGACAAACUAUUUAAGGCCAGGAAUCAAAAGAGGCAACUUCACAGAAAAUGAAGAAAAGAUGAUUGUCCAUCUCCAAGCACUCUUAGGCAAUAGAUGGGCUGCAAUUGCCUCUUAUCUUCCACAAAGGACAGACAAUGACAUUAAGAACUAUUGGAACACUCACUUGAAGAAGAAACUCAACAAGGCCAAUCAAGAUUCUAAUCAAGAAGUUGAUCAAUCAAGAGACCAUUCCUCACUCUCUUCUUCUCCAUCGUCUUCCUCUGCUAAUUCCAACUCAAACAUCGCAAGAGGCCAAUGGGAAAGAAGGCUUCAAACCGAUAUUAACUUGGCGAAAAAGGCUCUCUCUGAGGCUUUGUCUCCUGCCGUAUCACCGAUCAUUACAUUGGCGGCCACUACGGCAACAACAUCUUCUUCUGCUGAAUCAAGACGUUCUAUUUCCUCAGCUAGGGGGGUUCUUCGGGCGCAAGAAACAUCUACCACUUAUGCCUCAAGCACUGAGAAUAUAGCAAAACUGCUCAAAGGGUGGGUGAAGAACUCUCCAAAGACUCGAAACUGUGCGGAUCGAAUGGUUUCUCCAGAUUCUGUGACAAAAGAAGUGAUCAAAAGUGAUGUCGAGAAGGACUAUGCAGGACCAUUUCAAUCAUUUUCAGGGUUCGAUCAAUUGAAAGAUUGUGACUUGGCUGGAGUUUCACCUGAUCAUGAGACCAAACCAGACAUAACUGGAUGCAGUAACCAAAGUCAAUGGUCUUUGUUCGAGAACUGGCUAUUUGAGGAUUCUGGUGGACAGAUUGGUGACAUAUUAUUGGAUGAAAGCCCUAAUUUCUUCUGAAAUUUUUGGUUAAUCAGAUGGUUUUCGAAUUAACUCGCUAAAAUUAUGGUUAGCUGAAUCGUUUAUAAUUUAAUUUAUUUUCCUUCGUUAUAAUGAUGGGGCUGUUCUACAUCUGGCCUUGUGAAAUCUCAAAGGGACCUGAAAUUUGUCCACCCAAUGAUUUUAGUAUUGGUGUAUUAUUUUUCUAA